AUGGGCCGGAAGAUAUUAGGUUGCGACCCCAUAGCCAGAUUCGUGAUACCCGGGAGUAAUGACCCAAUCGGAGAAGAAUGCUGCAAGGUUACUAAAUUUGAUGUGGACCAUACGGUCUUGGAUUGUAUGGACGGCGCGAAACCCCUCAAGAGUGUCCGGAUGAUGGGCUGCUUUUUAGAACCUCGCUCGGUCGAAGGGUACAUAAUGGACAAGAAAAUUCUUGAUUACACUAACUCAGGAUCUAGGAGUCCAGGGCCCGCGGCUUACUGCGUGAAGACUACGAUCGGACCACGAGCCACCGAUCCGUCGAUUGAAAAGAACCCCGCGUACUCAUUCCCGGGUAAAAAAUCCAAAAACUUGUGUGCGUUGGGCCCUGGACCAGCGUACAACACUAUCGGACUGACUCGUGAUGGUCGUCACCGAGUCCCGGGUGGGCCGUUUGGUAUGCGUCCCUCUGGCUCCGGGUUGGCCUGCACCCCCAGCCCCGCCGAAUACUGCAUAAAGUCGGGGCUUUCGAAUGCCGGCCAUCGGAUAGGGCCAAGGCCUGCAGCGCGGACCGGCGAGCGGUACUGCGGCCCGGCGCCGAACGCGUACUUGCCGUCGUGCAGGGACUGUGGGCUGAAAACGAGUCUUGGACAGCGGUUCAAGGCUCGCAAGGUGUGUCCAACGCCUGGUCCCGGCCAAUACGAGCUACCACCGGCUGAUCUGUACCUACCAGGUCGGUUCUCGACCGGCAGAACAAUUGGCAAACGGUUGUUCCGGGGCUGUCCGCAAGUGACACCGGGCCCCGGUGCGUACGAUGGAAAAGAACCGAAGUGCUGCACCAGGUUCUCGUUUGGAGCUAAGAUAAAGGACACGGUGCCUGUGUUCAGUGUCACAGCUGACAACCAACACUUCCGAUGUUAAACGCCGCCUGAACCAAAACACUUAUCGUCUUGAUUGAUCAUUACACAGCCAUUAUUACGAUAGAAAUAGAUUGUUUUUUAAAAAAAAAUACUACAUUAUACACCAAAUUUUAACACUAUUUAAUAAUUUGUUUCCUGAAUAUGUUAAAUUUCUACCUGAUAAAAAUAGACGGUAUUAAAUUUAAGGAAAAUAUUUUAAUUAACAUUCAAAAU